AUGACGAGCAUCAAUCCGGCCACCAGCAACGGCACCGGCACCGGCAGCGGGCACCAUACCAAGGGCCCCGGCCUGUCAUGCGACAACUGCCGCCUGCGCAAGGUGCGCUGCAGCCGCGAGCAGCCGUGCGGCCAGUGUGCCCACCUCGACCUGCGCUGCCUCUACACCCAGGCGCCCCGGAAGCGCGCGAACCCCGUCCGCGGCCGGCUCAUUGCGCAGGCUCGGGGGCACAGUAGUGGUGGUGCCUUCCAGCAUCAGCAGCAGCAGCAGAAGCAGCAGGAGCUGGCCGCCGCCGCCGCCGCCACCGGGGCCGGGAAUGGCCAGGGGCCUGGUAACGGGAUCGGCACAGGCUUCGGAGCCAUCUCCGGAGCCGGCAGUCACCAGAGCCCGGCGGCCAGCGGAGGGAGUAACGGCAGCAGCAGUCACUACCAGCAUCACUAUGGAGGAGGCAUCGCUGACGACCACGACGCCGGCGACGCGGCGCACUGGAGCCCCCGGACGAACCACAGCGGCGCCGGCCACGACUUCCAGCCAGACUUCUUCCUCAACCUGCUCGACGACUUUGAGCAGGUCGUCUUCCCCUUCAGCCCCAUCAUCACCUCGGGCGAGAUCACAGACAUCAUCCGCACAAACAUGAGCCACGGCCUCGAGGACGAGGCCCUCAUCUACGCCUAUGCCGCCGUCACCACGUACCUCAGCAACACGCACGCCGAGUCCCACCACUACCCCCACGAGAAGAAGGACCAUCUCAACACGCUGCUCCAGCUCGGCCUCCGGGCCUACCGGCAGAUCGACCUCGGCGACCCGCGCGCCCUCAAGGACACCAUCUACAGCAGCACCCUGUCCUCCACGCUGAAGCGCAUCAUCACGUGCAUCUUCAUAGAGAUCUCCAUGAUGGCCUUCAAGAGCUACGACCGCAGCUUCUCGCUGCUGCGGGAACAGGUCUGCAUGAUCCAGAUGAUCGAGACGAACCGCCGCCUGCAGCCGCGGGACGUGUUCCCCGCCGUGUACAGCUCGGCCCGGUACCAGCGGAUAUACUGGGAGGUCUUUAUCCACGAGCGCUUCCUCAGCAUCAACGUCGGCUACCCGAGCAUCCUCCCGCCGCUCGUCAUCGGCCUCCCCGCGCCGGACCCGGCCAUCCCCGUGUACAUUGACGUCAGCUUCAGGCGGCUGAUCCAUCUGUUUCUGAUCCUGGACGAGGACUUCCUUGCUCACUGGCAGGAGAUGCAGCAGCAGCAGAACGGGACCAGUCAUCAUCAUGACGGUUCGGCACUGGGGGGAAGCAAGAGCCCGCCCAUGCUCACGCCUCAGUGGAUCGAGGCCAAACAACUCCAGCUCGACGAAGACGAGCACCAGGCCGCGCAGGCCGAGGCAGAGCUCUCACAGCGGAUGCUCUCUUCAUCCUCUCCAAUGAUAACCGCAUCGUCCUUGUCCCCAUCCUCAUCAUCACCAGCAGCAGCAGCAGCAGCAGCAGCAGCCAUGGCCCAUCCUCACCAACACCAACACCAUCAAUACCACCACCACCACCACCACCAGCACAGCAACAGUAACAACAGCAAUAUCAACAACAUCCACCACCCAAACACCUCGUCGUCAUCAUCAGCGCACUCCCGCGACGAAGCCAUCCGCGCCCUGCAGCACAUCGACCAGUACGUGACCCGCCUCUGGCUGCGCACUUUGCUCUGGCAGCUCGCCCUCUCCCGGGGCCUGCUGUCCUCGGACCCUUCGCCGCACAGCCACGAAGGGCUGUCGCUGCACUUCCCCGCGCGCAGGCUGUCGCUGCAGCUCCGCAGCCUGGUCAACCGGCUCGACUCGUUCGCGGCCAUCAACACCCAGGGCACGGGCGUGCUGCAGAAGCUGUUCGAGGUCACGAGCACCAUUGCGGACGUCAUGGCGCUGCCUAGUCCCGCCACCGGCGAUCCGUCGUCGGGGACGUUGGGAGCGUCGGUGGGGCCGAAUCACAGCGGAACUGGAAAUGGAAGGAUGGAUGUAGACUUGAUGAUGAUGACGACGACGACGCGGCCAGCGGCAGCGGCGGGGGCAGGAUCGCCGAUACCCGGCGGCGGGCACACGCCUGAUAAUAAUGGUGGCGAAGGUGGACCAGAGAACUACCGCAAUCUCAGUACCAGGCAGGGACAGGGACAGGGACAGGAGGGCGAAAGGGCAGCAGCAGGCGCCGAAGAAGACGAGCGAGCCACACGCAUGCGGGACUUUGUCACGCUCGUCAGGUUCCUGCUGCGCUUCGACCGCGUGCGCGCCGAGCAGAGGGAGUAUCUUGAAGAGAAGCUGCGCAGCCUCGACGAGCUGUACCGCAGCGAGGCCGAGGCGUCUUAUUCACGGCAACAACAGCAGCAGCAGCUACGACACUACGAAGGGCGGGGGUUUUAG